AUGGCCCGCCUCUUCUACCCGGACGAUACCCUCGCUGCCCUCCGUGCGACGGAGCGGUUCGACGAGGACAGAGACGGAGGUUGUGGAGGCGGAGACGAAAGCGGAAGGGCGCGCGUUCACCCUAACGCUAUAGAGGCAGGGCCAGGCAGCAGCAUGGUGGAAUUCCAGGCGAAGCUCGUCGAGGCCAGCGCGGAGCUCGCGGUGGCACAGUCGGAGAUGGCGGCAGAUCGCCGUCAGGCUCUGGCAGCGGAGGCGCAAGCUCGUAGGGAUGCGCUUGCCAUGAGGCGGGCAUACAUGUGCUCCGACCUGGACGCGGCCGCGUGGAGGGGACCGGAGCACGCACGGGUCGACCGGGAGAACCGCAAGCUCGAGGAGGCCAUCGCCGCGAGGGACGAAGCAGCGGCGGCAAUGGCUAGGGACAUGGCCCGCUACCACGCCGCCCUGCAAGCGGUGGAGGAGGCGACGAAGGCGGCUGUGAAGAGAGCCCACUGUGACUCCUCCAUGGCCGAGGAGAGUGGUAUGUCAAAAGUUAAGUUGAAAAAGAAGCUAGAAAAAAUAGAAGAGAUCAUAAAUGAUGCAUGCAAAAUUUUGGAACUGAUGAACUUGCCAAGCAUAAGUGGUGCAAACCAGACCCAUGUUGUUGCUGCCAGCUCACGAGGUAGCGUCACUACUUCGCGGUCUCUAUCAAAGAUAAUCGGACGAGAUGAAGAUUGUGAUAAGAUCAUAGCAAUGCUUCAUGAGAAGGAAGAACAUGGUCACCAUGAUGCCAAUAGUGCUCCAUGUUAUUCUGUUGUUGGCAUUCACGGCAUCGGUGGUUCGGGGAAAUCAACCCUUGCGCAACUUGUUUGUGCCCGUGAGAAAAAAGAUGUCCAUUUUGAGCUUGUAAUGUGGGUUCAUGUUUCUCAGGAAUUUGGUGUGGAUGCCAUUUACAUGGAGAUGUUUGAGGCUGCUACAGGUACUUCAUGCCCUCAAUUGAAAAAUCGUGACACCUUACAAGGUAUGUUGGAGGAAAAACUGCAUGGAAAACGUUUCCUGUUGGUACUAGAUGAUGUUUGGUACAAUAUUAGAGAUGUGACACAGUCUGAAAGUCUGCAACAGAUACUUUCGCCACUGCAGGCUGGAGAGGUGGGAAGCAAGAUCCUGGUGACUAGUCGAACUGAAGAUGCAUUGUUAGCUCUGGGUGCCACGAAGCAGAGAUGUAUUCCCAUAUCAGUCCUAGAUGAAAAUGUCUUCUGCAAUUUGCUCAUGCAUUAUGCACUCCAUGGUGUACCUGUUGAUGAUCAUGCUCGUAGAACACUGGGAGAUAUUGGGAAAGAUAUUGCAAAAAAACUGAAGGGGUCACCUCUAGCAGCCAGAAUAGUUGGAGGACAACUGCAUAUAAGGCAAAACGUCGAGUUCUGGAGAAGCGUUCGUGAUCGGGACCUUUUGAACGAGACGAUGGGAGCACUGUGGUGGAGCUACCAUCAUCUUCGUGAGCAGGUCAAGCGAUGCUUUGCUUUCUGCAGUAUUUUUCCUCGAAGACAUUUGUUGGAACGUCACGAGCUAGUAAAUCUAUGGGUUGCAGAAGGGUUUGCUAGAUUGACAAGUGAAGGGGAGGAUAUGGAAGAUGUUUGCCAGGAAUACUUUGAUGAACUAGUGUCAGCUUCGUUUCUGCAACUUAAAGCAAAGGAGAAUUCUCGUGAGAAGGACUACUAUUUAGUUCAUGAUCUGUUGCAUGAUUUAGCGGAGAAGGCCGCCGGAAGCGACUGUUUCAGAAUCGAAAAUAGUUUGAAACUGCAAGGAAAAUACCCAGCGGUGGAAGUUCCUCCAAACGUCCGACAUAUCUUUGUUCCGGUCUAUGAUGAAGAAUUGAUUACUAAGAAGAUAUGCCAAUUGUACAACUUACGGACUCUGAUCAUUGAUAGUGUAUAUAAUUUUGAAACAGUUGGGGAGCAAGUCCUGAAGUGUAUAUUUAAGAGGCUAAGGAAGUUGCGUGUGCUUACCAUAAUUGCCCAAGAUUUUAUAGGUUCUGACGUCUCCUCAGAUAUGCCAGUCCCAGCAUGUAUUGGUCAAUUAAGGCACCUGAGGUAUCUUGCUUUUCGGCCUGCUUUUCGUCAUGCUGGAGGUCGGAGGAUGAUUUUACCGGACACUUUCGCAAAGCUAUGCCACAUGCAGAUUCUAGAUUUUGGUUGGAUUGAGAAUGUGGUGUUUUCCUCUUGUGAAGAUAUUUGUAGCCUCGUUAACUUGCGGCAUGUAAUCUGCUUCCGAGAUGUGGAUCUUGCAAGUAUCGGCAGUCUGCCGUCACUCCGAACAAUGGCAGCCUUUGAUGUAAAAAGGGGACAAGGCCAUGAGUUAAAGCAACUCGGGAACCUAAACAAGCUUCGCGGAGAGUUGUUGAUCAGGGGCCUAGAAAAGGUUGAAAGCAAGGCGGAAGCUCUGGAGGCCAAUCUGGCCAGUAAGGAAGGGCUGAGUACACUGAAACUGUCCUGGGGGUGGAGUGGUGAAGCGAGUUCAGAAGUUCAGGCAGAGGUACUAGAGGGUCUUUGCCCACCCAAGGAUCUUAAAUCACUGAUUAUCAAAGAUUACAAAGGCCCGAGGUAUCCAAGUUGGAUGCACAACGGUGGCCCAAAACACGUGAACCAUCUCAAGCUCAUGACCUGCAGCCCACAACCUGGUCCUGAACUUGGUGGGUUUUGCGCUCAUCUCCAUGAGCUCACGAUUUUUGGAUGCAGCUGGGACGCCUUGCCAGAUUACAUGGAGCACCUGACAUCACUGCAGACGCUGCACGUCAUUCUCUUGAGCACAUACACCUGA